AUGGUACUAAAAGGUUUUAGACAGUUCAUCAGUGGUUUUGAUAUCUAUGGUCAUCAGGUUAAGCUUCUUUACAAUGGAGAAGACACAAGAAAGUCACUACUAGGGGGAAUUUUAAGUUUGAUCUCCAUCGGACUUAUGGUUUGGUACUUUGUAGUAUAAAUUAUGGAUAUCGCUGAAAAUAAAGCAAGUAUCAAAUAAGCUCAAAACCCUAUAAAUCUUGCUAAUGCAGAUAUUACAAUAGACAAUACAAACUUCGACAUGGUCUUCUUAAUAAAUACGUAGAGACCUAUGACUCAAAGAGAAAUCUUUUCUUAUAUCGAUUUCAAUGUGAGCUUUAAAAGUGAAGAAUUCGUGGUUAAUGAAUAUGGUGAUCUUGAAUUCAAAUCGACAGUUAAAUAGUUAUAGAUGCAUUUGUGCCCAGAAGAUAGAAUGUUUAACAGCACUAUUUAUAAAAAUUUUACAAAGGCAAUCGACCUCAGAAAUGGACUUUACAUUUGCCUAGAUUCAGAAGAAAAGUUUAAACUUAAAGGCAGCGAAAACGUGAUAACUUUUUAGGUUGACAAAUGUGAUUAGAAUUUCCUAGAUUUAGCAUUCCCGGGAACAUAAUGCGUAAAUCAAGAAAACUAUAAAUCUGAUUUUCUUGAUAAUACUAAACUCUAUGUUUUCACCUCGUAAUAAUACUUUGACUUCGAUGAAUUCGAUUCUGAUCCGAUAAAAAUUAAUGUCCAUGUCGAUAAGUAUGACUUCUAAUAUUUUAGACAAUAUGAUAUUACUUAUAACAUAUUGCUUAACAAGGCUACAGGAACAGAUAAUAAACUUCAUGAAUAAUUUGAAUAGUUUGAUAAAUCAUUCAUCAGCACAAAGAUUAGCACCACAAAAAUUCUUGAUAGAAAUAAAAAAAGACCUGAUUACUUCGAAAUCAAAUUCUAAGUGUUGAAUGAGUAAAAUAUAAUAGAAAGACAAGCUAAUAACUUUGUCUAGGCUUUAUCAAACGUUGGAGGUCUUGCAGGAAUACUUUUUGGAUUUAUUGCUAAUUUAAUCGCUCCAAUAUAGGAGUUUUUAUUCUAUUAGAGCUUGCUCAAAAAAGCAUUUCUAGUUGAAAAAAGUAAAAUCUAAAAAGAAGAAGGAAACUAAGAUUUCUAGAGUAGGAAGAAUAGCUAGGAGAAUAGACAUGAAAUCAAGAAAACUUUAGAUAACCCAGACUUUCACACAUACUUAAGUUUGAUAAAAAAACUUAAAGAUAGAAUCCCAUUCAUAUAUUCCAUCAAAACUGCAAUUAAGCAGAAGUUAUAGCAAAUAUUUUGCUGCAAGAAGCAAAGAUUCUAGCAAGAAUUAUAUGAGUUAGGCAAGGAUUUCAUUGAAAAAUAAUUUGACAUCUCAAAUAUCCUUAAAGAUCUAAGAUCAUUUAAAAUGAUAAAUAGUGUGUUACUAUCUAAGUUUUAAAGAAAACUUAUUCCUAAUUUUAAGAAGUAUUUGUUGACUUAGAAACUUUAUCAAUAAAAAUAAAAAGAUAGAGAAAUUUAUGAGAAGAAAUAAUUGUAAACUGAUAAUUAAUCUUUAAUAAAGUCAAGUCCAGUAACAUAACUGAUGAUAGAGCUCUUUGGACACCAUAAGAAUCCAUAGAAUGCUUACAACUAGAUAGUGAUUGAAAAGAUCUUUAUGGGUAAAGAUUAAAUGCCUAAAGAUUUAAGCGCUUAAUUGUAUACUGGACUGCUUAGAUAAUUCAUUAAGCUUAAUAUCGAGAAAGAAUUUAAGGGAAGUAAUGCGUAAGGUCCUAUGAAUGAGGAAGCAAUUACAUACGGUGUUGAUAUUUAUGAGGAUAAAAAUGAUGUUAACAAGGCUGACUAAGUAGAAAACUAAUUUGAAACAAAAGGAAAAAAUCACAAUGAUACAUUCAACAGUGAUGAUGAAAAAUUAGGUGAGAUAAGCGUUUUAAAUGGAGAUAUCAGUCGAGCUAUAAGGGUCCAGUAGAUUCCAAAAAAAGUGCUCCAAUAGGAUUAUCCUGUUGAUGAAUAUUAUGAUUGA